AGUCUGCAUGGUGAUCGUCUUUGUCGUCAUCACCAGCAUCACCAGCAUCACCGGCAUCAUCGUCAGCAUUGUCCAGGUUUUGUUAAGUGGCAUGCGCAUAGGGUUUCUUGCCUUGUUACGUGAGCACGAGCACUACCAUUGUAGGGAUCAUCAAACACUUAUCUUGUACUCGAUCAUCGCGUUCCCCUCUUGUUUGCAUCUUUUCUGUUUCUUUUCCGAUAUCGGUCGUUCGCCUCCGUGUCUCUGAUCUCCUCCUCCUCCUCGUCCUCCUGCUUUUCAAUCUCCUCGUCUUCCUCCUCGUUCGUCUAGUUCUUGCGGAGUUGAUUGAUCUGUGAUCUCCUUCUCCACCUCCUCCUCCUCCUCCUCCUCCUCCUCCUCCUCCUCCUCCUCCUCCUCCUUCGUCUAGCUCUUCUGGAGUUGAUUGAUCUGUGAUCUCCUCCUCCUGCUUUUCCCUCUCCUGAUCUGUGAUCUCCUUCUGCUCCUCCUCCUCCGUCUAGUUCUUCCGGAGUUGAUUGAUCUGUGAUCUCCUUCUGCUCCUCCUCCUCCUCCUCCUCCUCCUCCUCCGUCUAGUUCUUCUGGAGUGGAUUGAUCUGUGAUUUCCUUCGCCUCCUCCUCCUGCUCUUUCUUCUCCUCCUCCUCCUCCUCCUUCGUUUUGUUCUUGCGGAGUUGAUUGAUGCCGGCUGUCUGGCGGUUCUAGUCGAGUGACAGUGGGUGUGAAGGCGUCGGGGGAGUCUGGGUGGAGUCCACCUUGAGAGGAGAAGGCAGGCAGGCAGCGAUGGCGCCGAAGAAGAAGGGUGGGAGCAGCCUAGGGCAAGCGCUACUACGUCACAGGUCUUCGGCAAAAGGAGGAGGAGGAGGAAGAGGAGGGGCAGGAGGAGGAGGAGGAUCGCAAGGCCAUGUGCACACAACUGACAUAGACUCGUCGUUGCGAUCAACAAGUGUCCUGCAAUCAGUGUUGGAAAGGAACGAUCUCGACGAGAUGCUGGCUAUGGCGGACCUGGCUGGACGUGAGUUUGCAGCAGAAAGAGACACCGUCGUUAUUCUGCGAAACCAGAUGGACACGGCUUCGAGUUUGCUGAGCGAAGAGGAGAGGAAGGCCCAGCGCAAAGCCGAAGAAGCCCUCCAUGAAGACGAACUGAGGAUCCCAAGGAGACCGAAGUGGAAUAGGAACAUGACGGCGGACGAGCUGGAUGCCCUCGAAAGGCAAAGCUUUCUUGAAUGGCGCAGAGGACUCGCGAGCCUAGAGGAGAACGAGAGUUUAGUGAUCACUCCAUUCGAGAAGAAUCUGGACAUCUGGAGGCAGUUAUGGCGGGUCCUUGAGAGGAGCGAUGUCAUAGUGACGGUGGUAGAUGGGAGGAAUCCUCUCUUCUACAGGUGCAAAGAUCUGGAGCAGUACGCGCGGGAAAUCAACAAUAGGCACAAGCGAACGGUCCUGCUGCUGAACAAGGCGGAUCUGCUGCCGUCGUUUGUGAGGAGGAGGUGGGCGCGGUACCUCGAUUCUCAGGGAUUGACUUAUCUUUGGUGGUCGGCGAAGGAUGCGACUGCGAUGGCAGCAGGGGGGUCUGUGGAUUUGGAAACAGUGGAUCGUCAAAGAUUAGGGUUGAUGAUGAAGAUGAAGAGAGAGGGAGGGGAAGAUGCCGAUGAUGAUGCUGAUGACGACGAGAAUGAUGAUGUAGACGAUGAAUCUAUAAGACUGCUGGGGAGAGAGGAACUGCUGGAAAGAUUAACGAGGAUUGGCGAAGAGACGAUGAGAGCACGGAGGAGGAGAGCGAGAGGUUCAAAGACGAAGACGAAGACCAAGCUCGGUGGCUAUGGUGGUGGGGAUGAUGUUGACGGCAACAAGAACGACGAAGACGAAGAGGACGGCAAUGACGACGACGAAGAAGGAGAAGAAGAAGAAGAAGAAGGAGAAGAAGAGGAAGAAGAAGAAGAGGGUGAACAACACAAGGAUGACGAAGAGGAAGAACGGCGCUCUGCUGGGGGGGAGGGGUCUUGUCCUUCUCCUUCUCUCAAGAAUGGGCAAAAGAGGCGGCGGAGAGUUGUGGUCGGUUUUGUGGGCUAUCCGAAUGUAGGGAAGAGCUCAACGAUAAAUGCGUUGGUAGGGAAGAAGCGAACAGGGGUCACAGCGACGCCGGGCAAGACGAAGCAUUUUCAAACCCUAAUUUUGAGCGAUCGGCUUGUCUUAUGUGAUUGCCCAGGACUCGUCUUUCCAUCGUUCACGAGCUCAAGGUCGGAUAUGGUGGCUGCGGGUGUGCUGCCCAUCGACAGGAUCACCGACCACAGAGGACCGGCGGGAGUUGUGGCGGGCCAGAUCCCCAAACCUGUCCUUGAAGCCACCUAUGGACUUGUCUUAACCCCUCCGCUUCCGCACGAACCCCAAAACAGAGCGCCAACGGGCGCUGAGCUGCUCAGGGCGUAUGCUAGGUCAAGAAAUUACACGUCAUCAAGCGGAUUGCCCGACGAAACCAGGGCAGCCAGGCAGAUCAUGAAGGAUUACUUAUCUGGGAAACUGCUCUACUGUCACAUGCCGCCGGGUGACCGAGAUCGGGAUCGCGAUGACCAAUUUAGGAAGUACCUGAUUAGGAAGUGCAGGAGAGGAGUCGAUAGAACUGAUAAGAGGUUGGAAGAAGACCAGAGUCUCGAUGAUGAUGAUGAUGAUGAUGAUGAUGAUGAGGAGGAGGAGGAGGAGGAAGAGGAGGAAGAGGAGGAAGAGGAGGAGGAGAGGGGGAAAGAAGAGGAGGCGGGGAAAGGCAAAGCAGAGGGAGCAGAGGGUAUUCUGCGGAGGGGAGAUGGGAAUCGAGUUGGCCGGGUCGGGAUAGCGACCGUGGAUGAUGAUUUGGCAGCGUGCUUGGGAGUCGCGGUGGCGGGAAGCGUUGGCGGGAAAAGCGGACAAAAACCGCGGGAAAAACCGAUGAAAGCGGCGCACAAGAUGCACAAAAAGCCCAGUCGGAAAAAGGACAGGUCAUGGAGAAUUGGGAGAGGUGGGAAUGAUGAUAGCGAUGGCAUGCCCAUGGUCAGAGUCAUAGCCAAGCCUGUCAGCCAUGGAGCUACCGCGAGAAUAAACCCUGUAUCGAAUAGAGGCACGCGGGAUUAGGUCUAGGAGAGCUGCGCCGCUGAGGAGGCGUUGUGUUUUAGGGUCUCGCAAGAUUUUGCUUGCUGUAAUCGUCAUACUCAUCUGUCUAUAUAUAUCUCUAUAUAGGAGAGGAGAGGAGAGGAGAGGAGAAGAUCGGGGUUUGAGGGGGUUUCAUUCAUUGAUGGGCCGAUGUAAUUGGGACACAGACCUCGGAUGGCUUGACACAGUCCCAGUCCCAGUCCCAGUCCCGCAUUCAUGUUGUUUGGAUGGGUGGAUGUAUGUGGAGCAGGUGAUGGAGCAGUUGACGUCCUCACAAUUUGUUGACCACAAGGGGGAAUGAGCGGGGAGGGGGGGGAGGAUUGCAGUUUUUUUCUGUCUUCUUCUUUGCGUUUUUUUUGGGUUGUUUUUGCUCUCUUAGCUGUGAGAGCUCUUUUUCGUUGUUUUUUUUUACUUCAAUUUGUUCCCGACAGCAUAAAGCAUGCGAAG